UACCUGACCAUUAAAUGCAUAGCUUAUCGCUUAAGCUGGUUGCCAUAUUGUUCAUUGUACAAAUGAAUAAACAACUUUCAAUCGCUAAUAAUCGUCAGGAUAGUCUUUCAUAUAAUUUUUCAUCCAUUCAAGUGUGUUGUAUUGGAUUGUAUUACAAAAAUUUUGAAAUUUUAGAGAGCUCAACAAAGCACGUCUGCUCACGAAGAGGCAUUAUUGUGAAAAAAAAGUUCUUGUUCUCGUUUGACCGGGGCAUGAGAGUUGAGAAAACUCUCAUGCAAACUCUCACUUCUCAACUCUCAUCAACUCUCAUGCAACUCUUGUUUUCGUUUGACCGGGGGAUGAGAGUUGAUAAAACUCUCAUGCAAACUCUCGCUUCUCAACUCUCAUAAACUUUCAUGUAAACUCUUGUUCUCGUUUGACCGGGGUAUGAGAGUUGAGAAAACUCUGAUGUAAACUCUCGCUUCUCAAUUCUCAUCAACUCUCAUGUAACUCUUGUUCUCGUUUGACCGGGGCAUGAGAGUUGAGAAAAUUCUGAUGCAAACUCUCGCUUCUCAACUUUCAUCAACUCUCAUGCAACUCUUGUUCUCGUUUGACUGGGGCAUGAGAGUUGAGAAAAUUCUGAUGCAAACUCUCGCUUCUCAACUUUCAUCAACUCUCCAAGGCUUAACCCAAUCUAAUCUUAAGUUUACUUGUUCUAUUCCAAUCUUUAGUUCCGAGCAAGAGUCCCCAACACCUGGGUGGACACAAUCUAAGUUCAACAGCAAUGCUCGUGAAAUGGCGACCAGUGGAAGAUGGGUUUGUUCAUGGCAUACUGCUGGGAUAUCGUCUGUAUUAUCGUCUAACCACCCUGCCUUUAAUGCCACCGUUCAAUAGAACAAUGGCGCCUGACCAAUUGGAGACGAUGUUUGACGGAUUUCUUAUGUUCACUAACUACACAUUUCAAAUAACGGCGUUCACGUCGAAAGGAGAAGGUCCGUUAUCCCAAGAAGUCGUUAUUUCUACUGAUGAAGACGGUAGGUGAAGUUAGAUUUAAACCCGGCCCGGGCUGGAUUAACCUUUCCAGGGCCGGGGGCAAAACUAUUUUAAGGGCCGGUCACAAAAUGCGAAUUCGCCCGUGGCUGUGAAAAAAUCCGAUUUCUCCGGCUAGAUCGGACAUAUAAAACUCAUAUUGCAGUUCCUCCGCUUAGAAAAUGUUUCAGUUAGUCAUGUUGCCAAUCUACUCCCUCAUACUGUCAUAGAAGUCAGGGCCGCCCGGAGAUUGGCGGGGGCCCGGGGCAAAUUUUUUUUUAGGGGCCCCUCUAAAAUUUUUUUCCGGAGAACAACCUCCCCCCCCGUCGCCAAAAAAUUUUCGGUCAGUGUACCAUUUUAGGGGUAAAAAGUUUUUUUCCGGAGUAAAAAAUUUUUCCCGUCGAGUACGUUGCAAUUGCUUUCGAGCCGGACUUUAUCUCAUUUUUUUAUGCCAAAUUUCGGUACUUAGCCCAAGAAAACAGAUAUCUUGUCCUUUGCGCGGAAAUAUUUAACACACAAAAAGACUGGGGCCCAACAAAAAUUUUUCAGGGGCCCCCAGCACCUCGGGACCCGGGGCAAUUUGCUCCCCCCCCCUCUCUGCGGCCCUGAUAGAAGUAGAACAUUAAAUAGGUAUAGAUUGGUAUAGAUACUAUAGACAAUAUAGACUCUGACAUUUUGUUUGGCAAUAUGUUUUGUUUGACAAUAUACAUUCUGACAUUUUGUUUUUUUGGGCCGGUGGAAAUCUAGGGCCGGAUAUUGCGGACCACUGGUAUAUAUGCGGAUCGCUGGUAUUGCGGACCUCAUUACGGACAGUUUAGAACUGAUUCAAUACCACAAGAUCAUUUAGUGAAUCACUGCUCAAUCUGAUUACAUAUCUUUUGUUUUACAGUUGCGAGUAAAUCACCACUUGGCUUCAAACUUGUCAACUUGUACCACAUGCAUGAGGUACCGCUGACAUGGCAUCCUGUACCGGAUGGAUAUCUUAAUGGAAUACUUGUAGGUCAGUUUGUCUGAGAUUUACGCGUUUGUCAGCGGAUUGUGCAGAAAUAUUGAUACGUAUUUGCCUCUAUAUACACACGUAAAAACGCACCAGUUUUAACAAACCUACAGCAGACUUGUAGCAAUGCUGUUCCAACAACUUGUCAACAGGAUGUGUUCGCACUGCUUGUUCCCAGCUUGUUGACAACUUGCUACAAGGUUGUUGGGCUUAACAGACUUGUUACAAGUUGUUCCAACAACUUGUUAUCGUCCUGCAAUUCAACAAUUUUUCAACAAGUUGUGAGUGACAACCUUGUAGCAACUUGAUAAAAUUGUUACAACUUGUUGACAAGCUUGCCACAAACCUGUUGCGAACACAUCUUGUUGACAAGCUUGCUACAAGCCUGUUGCAAACGCAUCUUGUUGUUGAACACAUCAAGUUGUGAGAUUUUUACGUUUUGUGUCAACUGCUGGGGCCACUUUCUGCUGCAUGAUUUAAUAAUUUAUUUUAAUCUUUCCAGGUUAUCGUAUUAAAAUACGGAUAAUCUCAGAUGCUAUGUUGGAUGCGUAUGGGACUCAGCGACACAUUGAUGUUGAUGCUAAGACAUUAAGCUACACCGUGCGUGGUCUGCUAAAUUUUGCUACAUAUACAUUUCAAGUUGUCGCUGUCACUAAAUAUGGAGAAGGGGUGCAUAGUCCCAUCCUAAGAGCAAGUAAGUUUCUUAUACGAUACCUCUGUCAGCUCUAAACUGUCCUCCCAAGAGGUCCCUCUUAUUGCUCCAGUGUUACUACAGGAGGAAACCUAAACUAAACUAACUUUAUUUAUACUGGAUAGCUCUAUCAGUUGUCAACUGUUCUUCCUAGAGGUCCAGUAAGGAUCAUCUCUUAUUGAUCCAGUGUUCCUACAGGAGGAAACCCAAACUAAACUAACUUUAUUUAUACUGGAUAGCUCUAUCAGUUCUAAACUGUUCUUCUCAGAGGUCCAGUAAGGAUCAUCUCCAUUGAUCCAGUGUUACUACAGGAGGAAACCGGAACUAAACUAACUUUAGUUAUACUGGAUACCUUUAUCAGUUCUAAACUGUUCUCCCUAGAGGUCCAGUAAGGAUCAUCUCUUAUUGAUCCAGUGUUACUACAGGAGGAAACCUAAACUAAACUAACUUUAUUUAUACUGGAUACCUCUAUCAGUUCUAAACUGUUCUUCCUAGAGGUCCAGAGUAAGGAUCAUCUCUUAUUGAUCCAGUGUUACUACAGGAGGAAACCUCAACUGAACUAACUUUAUUUAUACUGGAUAGCUCUAUCAGUUCUAAACUGUUCUUCCCAGAGGUCCAGUAAGGGUCUUCUCUUAUUGAUCCAAUGUUACUACGGGAGGAAACCUAAACAAAACUAACUUUAUUUAUACUGGAUAGCUCUAUCAGUUCUAAACUGUUCUCCCUAGGGAUCCAGUAAGGAUCAUCUUUUAUUGAUCCAAUGUUACUACAGGAGGAAACCUAAACUAAACUAACUUUAUUUAUGCGAAAGACAGAUACACUAACCAAAUGUAUCAAAUCUUUCAGAAACGUGCCCAUGUGAAAAAUACCUUACAACAAAUUGGUACAUGGUACCACCAUACACAAACCGCACUGGUGACCAAGAGACUGGUAUUUUUCCAUGGUUACUAAAUAACUUGGUCAAGGAAUGUUGUGGAAAUUGUGUAAACCGCCACGGGUGGUCAGAGAUACUGUACAAGACAGAUGGCUAUGGUGGCGAUGGAUACAAAGAUGAAAUUUCCGAUUUCUCUUCGAUUUUAAAUGAAGACACUGAUUUUAGUUUUCCAGUGCAAGGCCAUAGCUUGCAGGAGAAGUAUGCCACGUUUUAUUCAUAUGUCUAUGCGAUUGCAAGUCCUGGUGUGGCUUUCUUCAUAGUGGACGACCCCCCGGAUAAGAUGCCGAACGCGAUAUUGGAAACUGUCAAUGGUAACUGGGGAAUGCUCUUGAUUGUUGUAAUAUUCUCUUCUAUUGCUGGAAUUAUCAUGUGGAUCUUGGUACGGAAACCUGUUCAUUUAUACUACACUUUAACUAACUUUAUUUAUCCUGGAUAGCUCUAUAUCAGUUCUAAACUGUUCUUCCUAAAGACACAGAAAGAAUCAUCUCUUAUUGAUCCAGUGUUACUACAGGAGGAAACCUAAACUAAACUAACUUUAUUUAUACUGGAUAGCUCUAUAUCAGUUCUAAACUGUUCUUCCUAGAGACACAGAAAGAAUCAUCUCUUAUUGAUCCAGUGUUACUACAGGAGGAAACCUAAACUAAACUAACUUUAUUUAUACUGGAUAGCUCUAUCAGUUCUAAACUGUUCUUCCUAGAGAUCCAGUAAGGGUCAUCUCUUAUUGAUCCAGUGUUACUACAGGAGGAAAUCUAAACAAAACUAACUUUAUUUAUACUGAACAGCUGUAUCAGUUCUAAACUGUUCUUCCUAGAGGUACAGUAAAGAUCAUCUCUUAUUGAUCCAGUGUUACUACAGGAGGAAACCUAAACUAAACUAAUUUUAUUUAUACUGGAUAGCUCUAUCAGUUCUAAACUGUUCUUCCUAGAGGUCCAGUAAGGAUCAUCUCUUAUUGAUCCAGUGUUACUACAGGAGGAAACCUAAACUAAACUAACUUUAUUUAUACUGGAUAUCACUAUCAGUUCUAAACUGUUCUUCCUAGAGGUCCAGUAAAGAUCAUCUCUUAUUGAUCCAGUGUUACUACAGGAGGAAACCUAAACUAAACUAACUUUAUUUAUACUGGAUAGCUCUAUAUCAGUUCUAAACUGUUCUUCCUAGAGACACAGAAAGAAUCAUCUCUUAUUGAUCCAGUGUUACUACAGGAGGAAACCUAAACUAAACCAACUUUAUUUAUACUGGAUAGCUCUAUCAGUUCUAAACUGUUCUUCCUAGAGGUCCAGUAAGGAUCAUCUCUUAUUGAUCCAGUGUUACUACAGGAGGAAACCUAAACUAAACUAACUUUAGUUAUACUGGAUAGCUCUAUCAGUUCUAAACUGUUUUUCCUAGAGGUCCAAAAAGGAUUAUCUCUUAUUGAUCCAGUGUUAUUACAGGAGGAAACCUAAACUAAACUAACUUUAUAGUUCAAAUUUAUAGUUCAAAUAUGUUCUAUCAGUUCAAAGCUGUCUCCAGUAAUAGACGUCCUUUAUUGGUCCAUUGUAAGUUAGUGAAGGAUUGCUGAUCUUUUUUGUCAUGUUUCUAGGAUGCUGGUACAAAUGAAUUAGAGUUUACAAGGAGAUUCUUUACCGGAAGUGGUGAAGGUUUCUGGUGGGCUUUUAUCUCCAUGACAACAGUUGGGUACGUCAGCAUUUUACAUGCUUAAUAUUGUUUCAAAUUUCAGAUGCUGGUUAAACCAUAACAUUAAAUUGUAUUUCUAAAUUCUAUUUAUUUACCACCAGCGGGAGGAAAUGUUAAACAGCUGCAGGAAAUUUGUUUGAAUGAAGAUUUGCUAUUGAAAAUUUGAAGGAAACCUUAACACCCAUGACCCACUAUGGGCGCAACGACAUAUGGUUGACAGACAUUUUCCUUGAAUUUAAAACCAUGGUCAACUAGAACGCUAUAUGUUUAUGCAUAUGCAGAUUUAGCACAAAAAUGCUCCGUUGGUCUGCAGGAAAUUAUUGUCUGCAGGUUGUGCUCCCAUGAAGAAAAAUCUUUUUACCUGCCCUGUUUGCCACCAAAUACAAGACUAUACUACAUAUAAUGAAAAGAAUGAACAUUAUUUUCUCACUCUGAUAACUGCAGGUUGAACACCAUCUGCUGCACGAUAAUGAAACUUGCUUAUAACGCUACGAUCUUGUUUAACGUUGAUUCGAACCUGUUCUUUGUAGGUACGGUGAUCGCAGUCCCCAAUCAUUUCUUGCCAGAAUAUUUUCAAUAUUCUGGGUGCUCGCUGGUCUCGUAUUAUUUUCAAUAUUAAUGGGAAGCAUUACUAAUGCGCUAACUACUGUCACGUUUGCUUCGAAAAGUAUUCAAUUGUAUGGAACAAAGGUUGCAGCAAUCCAUGGUUCUCCGUCCUACCGCGUUGGAAUACGUAGAAACGCCAAGGUUAACCAAGGUUGGUAUGCAGAAUGUGAAGUUGUUGCUGUUGCUGUUGCUGUUGUUGUUGUUGUUGUUGUUGUUGUUGUUGUUGUUGUUGUUGUUGUUGUUGUUGUUGUUGUUGUUGUUGUUGUUGUUGCUGCUGCUGUUGCUGCUGUUGUUGUUGCUGCAAUUGUUGUUGUUGUUGUUGUUGUUGUUGUUGUUGUUGCUGUUGUUGUUGUUGUUGUUGUUGUUGCUGCUGCUGCUGCUGUCGUUGUCGUUGUCGCUGUCGCUGUCGCUGUCAUUGUCAUUGUCGUUGUUGUUGUUGUUGUUGUUGUUGUUGUUGCUGCUGUUGCUGUUGCUGUUGCUGUUGCUGCUGCAGCUACUGCUGCUGCAGCUACUGCUGUUGUUGUAAAACCUUCAGGAAACAUGGCUAGAAAACAAUUUUCCCUGGUUUGUCCACCUUCGGGAAACAUGGCUAGGAAACAAUGUUUCCUGGUUUGUCCACCUUAUCAAAAAUUCCUUAUUUUUCCCCCAGAUAAAAAUUACCAUGAUGUGUACGAACUACAGCACGACUUACGAGAGCGGAAAGUGAAAGGAGCUUUGUUAGAUGGUUACCAGGCGGGAAGUUACAAUGAAUUGUUUGAAGAAGAACAUAUUCGUGUGAGAGAAAUUAUUGAUUAUAAUACCGGUUAUGGUAUAGUACUGGGAGGCAUACAUCAUCGAUUGCAGGGAUGCUUUCAAAAUUAUGUAAAACGAAAACGAAGCUUUAUUGUUGAUUAUGUUGCUUCACAAAUUAAAACAGUCAAGGUCAGUUUUUGUCAAACUCCGAGAAAAGCAUGUUGCCUGCUCCAGUAGUCAAGAUUUGAUUCAAUAAUGAAAGGUUCUUACUGGACCUCUAGGGAGAACAGUUUAGAACUGAUAGAGCUAUCUAGUAUAAAUAAAGUUAAUUUAGUUUAGGUUUCCUCUUGUAGUAACACUGAAUCAAUAAGAGAUGAUUCUUACUGGAUCUCUAGGAAGAACAGUUUAGAACUGAUAGAGCUAUCCAGUAUAAAUAAAGUUGGUUUAGUUUAGGUUUCCUCCUGUAGUAACACUAGAUCAAUAAGAGAUUAUCCUUACUGGACCUCUAGCAAGAACAGUUUAGAACUGAUAGAGCUAUCCAGUAUAAAUAAAGUUAGUUUAGUUUAGGUUUCCUCCUGUAGUAACAUUGGAUCAAUAAGAGAUGAUCGUUACUGGACCUCUAGGAAGAACAGUUUAGAACUGAUAGAGCUAUCCAGUAUAAAUAAAGUUCGUUUAGUUUAGGUUUCCUCCUGUAGUAACACUGGAUCAAUAAGAGAUGAUUCUUACUGGAAGAACAGUUUAGAACUGAUAGAGCUAUCCAGUGUAAAUAAAGUUAGUUUAUAGUCCUGUUUGUUUGUUUAUAUUUUCGUUUAUCUUUAUUCUUGCAGUAUUGAAUAUUGUUUAUUUUCUAUUUCGCUUUUUAGAAAAAUCCUAAAAGUGCAGCAGAAGCACAGUCAACGAAUCUAUUCAAUCCAAAAUCACCCCUGUUUGUGAAAAGCAUGACUUUUACUCUAAUUCUCUUCGUGACAUCAAUUCUUGUUGGUGUCUGUCUACAUUUCUACUUUAGAAAACGCUUACGUAACAAAGUUCGAGAUGAAACUGAGGGUGAGUUGUUUCAUGAUAUUACUGGGUAAGCGUUGCCUGACAGCAGACGGUGGUCAAGCAAUGUUGACACUUGUGCGGCCAAGAAAACUGCAUCUCUAAUUUAUUAGCCAUAAAAUACAAGACUACACAAGUAAGAACGCACAAGUAGUUAUGAUAUAACAAGAAUGUUACAAGGUUGACGACACAGGCUGUAACAAUAUUCUUAUUUCAUGACUAUAUCGGACUUGUUGGAACAACCUUGCAACAACUCUGAUACCAUACCAUACCAUACCAUACCAUAUACCAUAGCGUACCAUACAGUGAAACCCCGCAUAUAUAAGAAUCUAUUAAGAACCUUUUAGGCUAAAAUAUUUUAUUUAGACCCCUUUAAAUAAGAACCAGUUCAGGCUAGAAUUUCAAAACAGAUUCCUAUCAAACAGAGUCAAAAUUAAGUCAGAAGUUACAAUUUUCCAUUUAAGUCAUAAGUUACAAUCAUUUUCUGUCAUUUUUUAGAUCAUUUGUGCAUAAUUUAUAUAAAUCAUAUACCAUACCUCCUCAAAAUGAGUUUUCUCUUACACGAAAAUAGGAACCUAUUUAAGAACCUGUUUAGCCUAAUUUCCUGGUAAGCAUCAUUUACAUAAGAACCUGUUUAGGCUAACUUGGAAAAUCUAGGUUCUCAUAUGCGCGCGGGGUUUUACUGUACCAUACCAUACCAUAGCAUAGCAUAGCAUAGCAUACCAUACCAUACCAUACCAUACCAUACCAUAGCAUAGCAUAGCAUACCAUACCAUACCAUACCAUAGCAUACCAUAUCACACUAGAUCAAAAUACUAAUUCUUUCCUGUAUAUUGUAACACAGUUAACGUCAAGAACAUCCCGAAGGCCACUGGCGAAAUAUUGGAAUCAUUCUGCACGCGAAUAUCCUCUUUAAAGAAAGAACUUUAUCAAAAACACACGAACGAACUUCGUGCUAUGUCCGGCUUAAAAAGACGCGACGUUGAAUACGACAUCUUAAAACAAAUGAAAGAGGACCAAGAGAAUGCUGACGUCGAAAAUAUGCAUUCGUCAUGCUCUGAUAUCCAUGACAACAAGUUUACUAGCCAAUCAUUGUUAAUGGCAUCACACAGUCCGGGUGAUGACGUCGUCACAGGUGACGUCAUACAGUUUGAUGGCGUCACACCGUUUCAUGACGUCAUAGGUUUUAACCCUCAUGGACUUUGUACCCAGGAUAGUUUUGAUGAAUCUGUGAACUUUGAGUCACACAUCCAGUUAGAUUUGAGGUCAACGCAAGAACCUCCCCAAGUUGAGGCCCGGCCAGAUAUCGAGGAUCUACAACGUGAAGCGUAUCUCGCAGGAUUGAAAGCUGAAGGAAAAGACGAAUCGGGUCAUCCGUUUGCUAAAAUGUAUCGGUAUUUAUGGGUGGAAAAAUGAUCUCGAUAGAUUGAUACAUGUUAUCUAAAUUAGAUUAUAUGUUUGCCCUUACGGGCAAAACAGUCUGAAAAUCAAAGCCAAGCUUAGGCACAAUAUAGAUAAUUCCUUAGCCAACGAAAUAAUUCAGACAAUAAGCUUAUAAAUACUGUUCGUCAAAACUAAAAAAUGUAGGAUCUUGGCAACAACAUUGAGGAACAGUUUUAUUUUUUCAUGCAUACGUCAUUAAGGAUUCAUACUUAUAGAACAGUCAAGUUUCUUUAGUGUUGCACGUAUUGUGGCGCAUAUAAUCUACGGAUGAAAUCUUACAUUACUUAUAUAUACGCACUUUAUAGCAGAAAUUGCAAAGACAUUGAGCUUAUAUUAGUUUUGUUUAAAACAAACAAUAAAGAUUAGAUGAUAAAGCUUUGUUCACGAAUGAAAAUAUUUUAAUACGUUGUGAACGAAAAAGCUGAAUGCAACAUCAUUAUGAACUUCGAUAUAAAACAUGAUUUAUUCUGCAGGGGUGGAAAAGUAUCGCCCCAUGGGCCGUUUUUUGAGUUCUUAAAAAAUAUUUAUCAUAUUUUCCCAAGAAAGAAAAAAAAAGACAAUUGUAAUAAUUUAGAUAAAAGGAGAAAUUCAGAGGAAAAAUUCUAACCAAUACAAAGAGUGUUACCUGUACUGUAGGAAUGAGCUCAGAAAUGCAAUUAUGAGUGCAUCCAUCUUAAUAGUGCGAUAGUGUGUAAAUGUAUAGACUAUAAGAAUGAUGUAACAAAUGUUGUAUAGCACAUGCAUUUUUAGCCAAUCUGAGACACCUGAUUUUCAAAAUAUUCUGGGAGAGCAUGGAUCCCCUGAUAGUGCCCCCCUAGUAGUGGCAUUUUUGCAUCUGUAUUUACCGCUUAGGAUCAGACCCUUGGUGUAAUAUAUGAACAACGAGAGCGAGUGUUUCACCGGGAUAUCCAAACACGAGAAAACAAUGUAUGAAAACACGAUCGUGAAGCGCGAGUGUUUUCAUACAUUGUUUUCGAGUGUUUGGAUAUCCCGGUGAGACACGAGCUCGAGUUGUUUAUAUGGCUUCUCAAAUGAAUCGAGACAUAACCAGGGGCGGCGGAACAGGGGGGCUAGGGGGGCUAAAGCCCCCCCAGAAGUAAAACUGCCCCCCCAGAAAAUUUUGUUUUUUCUGGAAAAAUUUUGAUAAUUAAGGAAAAAUUUAGUGUAUUUUUUGAAAAUUUAGGUAUAAGGGGAAAAAUUUGCAAUAUUUUGUUUGAAAAUUGUGUGUCCGGAAAAAUUUUUUGUUAUAGGUCGGGAAAAAAAUUUUUCAUCCCUUUUCUUGUAUAUGUCCGGAAAAAUUUUUGUACCCCUAAAAUGGUACACUGACCGAAAUUUUUUUGGCGACGGGGGGGAGGGGGUAACGGAAAAAAAAUUAGCCCCCCCAAAAUGAAAUCUGUUCCGCCGCCACUGGACAUAACAGAAUGUUUUCGUUUGCUGAUUUGAAUAGAAUUCUUAACCAAGCAUAACGUAAUUAGCAAUUCUAUUCAAGUAAUUUUGCAUGCGUAAUUAAGAUAUUUGAUGAAAACACUAGUGACUUUCAUCAAGUUUCACCGGGUUAUCCAAAUGGCAUCUUGUGAUGAAAUAUAUGAUUAUCAUGGCUGAAUUGCUCAUGAAUUAUUAAUGAAUUUGAGAAGCAUGUUAUCCAAAUUAGCUUUACGUUACAUUCCAAAAAGUAGUAUUAAGAUUCUCAGUGCACUAAAGACGCUAAGGCUUGAUGAAACUCACACAUAAUAACUACUUGACUUGACUAGCAAAGCUUCCUGACGGGCCUUCGACCUGUCUGAUAUUUACAUUAAUUCUAGAAUUACUAAGAUAUUUCUCAAGACACUGUAAACUUCGUCUUCGUUCAGAUGAUAUAUCUCGUUCACUGUCGUGUGUUAGUAAUGUAGCAAGUUCUUGGUGACGUAAUAUCCUGGGUACAGCGUGAUAGGCUAACCUGGCGUCACGUGACAUCAUGAUAAUAUCACCACUGCGUAAAUACAUCGCACAGGGCGGCUCAUCCAACGUCUGACCACCAAGCAG